AUGAUCCAGUCUAUCUGGCCUCAGGCUGCUAAUAUUCCGAACGGUAUCCCUCAUUCGGGCACGAACACUUUUGCGUUUAUGUCUUUCUUUUUGUUCUGUUUGGCAUCUUUACCAGCGUUGUACUUUCCAGUACACCAGAUUAGACACCUGUUCACAGUCAAGUCUUAUUUGGUGCCUAUUGCCGGUAUCGCAUUUUUAAUUUGGACUAUUAAAAAGGCUGGUGGCAUUGGUCCUAUUGUACACCAGCCGAGUAAGCUUCACGGAAGUGCUUUGGCUUGGGCUGUUAUUGACAUGCUCAUGUCUUGUGUUGAAAACUUCGUGACUCUAGUGGUAAAUGACCCUGAUUUCACAAGAUUCGCUAGAAAGCCUUCAGAUGCUGUCUGGUCACAGAUACUAGCCAUUCCGUUUUCUUUUGCCAUUACUUCAUUUAUUGGCAUUAUUGUAUCGUCGUCAUCAACCGUUAUUUAUGGAGAGACUAUUUGGUCGCCUUUACAGGUUUUGGGAAAUUUCUUAGAAGGAAAUCACAGCGGUGCUCGUGCCGGAGUGUUUUUUAUUUCUGCAGUAUUUGCUUUGGCGCAAGUGGGAUGUAAUAUUGCUGCUAAUGCUAUUUCAGCAGGUACCGAUAUGACAGCUCUGUUUCCAAGAUAUAUUAAUAUUCGUCGUGGUGGAUUUAUUUGCGCUACAAUUGGCUUUGCUAUGUGCCCUUGGCGUCUCCUGGAAACGUCGAACAAGUUCACUACUUAUUUAUCAGCAUACACAGUAUUUUUGUCAGCCAUUGCAGGAGUCAUUUUCUGUGAUUAUUAUCUUGUGCGCAAGGGUAAGCUGGUAAUUGAUGAUCUUUACAGCGCAGACCCUUCUGGAAUAUACUACUUCUUCAAGGGCUUCUCUUGGAGAGCUUAUGCUGCUUAUAUCUGCGGAGUGGCCAUUAACAUCACUGGUAUGGUUGGUGCGGUAGGACGCAAAGUUCCUAUUGGAGCGACCCGAGUCUAUGAGCUCAACUUUUUCGGCGGAUUUAUUGUCUCUGCAGGCACAUACUAUCUAUUCUGUCGCCUUAGUCCUGUUCCAGGAUGUCCAGAAAAGUGGGAUGAAUCCGAGGCUCGCAUUUAUGACGCGAUCCACUACGUCGAAGGAGUCACUGUGGACGAUGCGUCUUCGCUUCCCAGUGGUAUUGUAGACGAUGAAGACCCUGACUCUAAGAGAGGCUUCUCCACUCUCAAGCAGCGCUUUUUGGGUUCUGUUUAG